AUGAAUAAAAUAGAAGAGCUAAAGAAUUCACCAUUUCUCUUGAGAGGAAUAUUAAAAAAAGAUUAACUAUGUUUUGAAGUAGAAAGUCUUUAAGAAAGAUUAAAGAGGAAACUUUUAAAAGUAGAUUAUUUACACAAAAUAAUGUUUCAUAUUACUAUUUUGGUUUUUGAAUGUGCAUAAAGAAGAAAGAAUUUUCUUAAAUCUUUGAGAAUUGAUCAAAUUUAUUUGAAUAAAGAUGAAAAAUAUUCAAAUGUUUUUAUUUUUGAAGAAGAUCAAUUAAUUUCUACAUAAGAACAAUAACCACCUUAAAAAUUACUUUUCAAUAUGUUUCAAAGUCUAGGUUUUGAUUUACCAUACGACUAUUUUUAAAUUAAUAAUUAUGCUUAAGAAAAAUUACUAAAUGAGUUAUAUGCAAAUAUUUUUGAAGAAAAGAAAAAAGAUAGAUAAAUCAUUAUUACUGAGACUAAAAUAUUACAAGUGCUUUAUAAUAUUGAAAUCUAAGGGGAUCCGGCAUAUUACACAAGUUUUUCAAAAGUUUUUCAUAUAAAAACUCCAUUCUAUAUUAAUUCAUCGGCAGAAUCAAUUGUUGUUAAAUGGGUUAAGUUUAAAUGUGAGGAAGAAAGGGCUUAUUUAAAGACAGAAAUUAAAUUAUUAGAGUCUCUUAAUAAUUGUGAUAGAAUUGCAAAAUUGUAUUGUUAUGACAACUUUGCAGAUCAAUAAUUUUUCUUUAUGAAAAAUUAUGAUAAAACUCUAGAAUAAAUAAAUAAUGAAGUAGGCGAAAAAGAUUUAAAUUGGGGAGACUUGAUGCAUUUAAUCAAAUAAAUGAUAUUGGCAUUAAAGGAACUACAUUCCAAAGGCAUUUGUCACAGAGACUUAAAACCAUAAAAUAUUAUGUUUGAAUAUUUAGGUGAAGAUAAAUAAAUUUAAUAACUGAAAUGUGUGUUAAUAGAUUUCAAUAGAUCAAAAAUGCCUGCUUAUUUAGAAAGUUAAAUGAGGGAAAUAACAUAUUAUGAAGGUACUCCUCAGUAUCAACCGCCUGAAGGAACUUAAGAAAAUUAUGGACCACCCUAUGACAUAUGGCAAUUAGGUUAUAUAAUUUAAUGCAUGAUAUUAAGAAGGAAAAACAGAGAAUUUUCUUCUCAGAGAGACAGACCAAUAGAAAAAAAUAAAUAUAAUCUUAUAUUUUAAGAAGAUAAAAAAGAAGUUAUGAAAAAAUACCCAAAUCUUUAUAGUAUAAUAUUUAAAAUGAUGGAACUUAAUCCUUCAGCUAGACCUUAAGAAUUAUAAGAAAUCGAAGAAUUCUUUGAAAAAUUGAAUAAAGCUUGA